AUGGCAUUGUCACCAGCUCAAACGGAAGCGUCUGAUGCAGAGUUUACCCACCACAAAGAAACGUCGAUUGGAAUUAAAGCUGCCAGGUUGUCUAAAGAAGCAGCGAGGAAUGUACUAGAAGGUCAAUCAUAUAAGUCAGAUAUUGGUCUUGAGGAGGAUGUUGAUCUUGAUGACAUUGAUCCAGAGCCUCUUAGGAUUUCUCCAGAGAGCAGCUGCUUGAUGUAUUUUGAUUUAGAAACUACUGGACUUAGUAGAACAUCUGACAUCAUACAGAUUGCUGCAGUUUGUGAAGAUAGGUCAAUCAAUGUUUAUCUCAACCCCAGUGUACCAAUCUGUAAAGAAGCAUCGGCUGCAACGGGUCUCAGAUAUGACAUGGGACAGCUCACUCUUUAUGGAGAGCCUGUGCCUUCAACAGAUCAAGUCAGUGGUUUGACCCAGUUUGUAGACUUUACAACAGAUUGUGCUUCAAAACCAGUCAUUGUGGGCCAUAAUAUUCAAAACUUUGAUCUUCCAAUUCUUCAAUAUCACUUGCAGCGACAUGGGCUACUUAAACGAUUUGAUGAAAAUGUUUUAGGUUUUUUGGAUACAUACAAACUUGCACAGAAAGUGUUUGACAAGAAAACAAUGGGAAAUUUUAAACAAGAAACAUUGGUCAGAUUGUGUUUAGGGAAAAGUUACGAUGCACACAAUGCUCUAGCUGAUGUUUGUAGUUUACGAGAAUUGUACGAGUCAAAUUUAGCAUUCAAAUGUGAAUCUUUAGAUAUAUUUAAUAUGAAUUAUUAUAAUGUCAAGUCCUCACUAGUUCCAUUGAUACAAAGCAAAGUAAUUUCUACACUGAUCUCUAAAAGGCUUACAGCUAACAAUCUAAGCUUAAACAAGCUAAAACUCAUACAUAAGCGUGACCCCCAUUGUGGGAUUCAGACUGUCUUUAGUGAGGUUGUGUCUGGUUCAAAGACACCAAGAAUUACGAAGUCUCAGAAGAUCACUGGCAAAGUUGUGGAGUAUUUGAACUCUUGUUAG